AUGGCCCCAUCAGCGUCUGCCCCGCCUCCCAGCUUUGCCCAGCUGGAACAGGCAGCUCUCCACAUUGUCCGGCUCAUGAGUGACACGCCCGGUUUGGAGAACACCAAGCUGGCCGUCACUGGUGAUCUGGCUGUGUGCAAGUAUCUCCCCCAGCACGGCCGCGUUGAGAGCAUCGACUUUGUCAUCAGCAAGUCGUCGUCGCCCAGCCGGGUCAAGAAGGAGAUCGUCAACCACCCGAUGAGCCCCCUUUUUGAGAAGGCCGGCCUCGUCUACAUCAAGCUGUCCACUGGCCAGCAGGUUGAAGUCAAGAUGAUCCCAGACUGGCUCAGCCCCUAUCUCCCCGCCGCCGCGCGACCAGUGCGAGAGAACACCAACGCUCUCCCCUACAUCUCCAUUGACGACUUGAUUGUCUUCAAGGUGGAUGCCUGCGGCCUUCGCGAGCGUGAGGCGAGCAAGCGACAGGAGGCGUGCGUCGCCGCUGCGCUCCUGGAGCUUGCAUCUGAGCAUGGCCCGAUCAACGUCGACGAGGACAAGUUGGACCGGAUUGAGCAGGCUCUUCCGGAAAUCCUUGAGUUCUGCGACGCUGAGCACGACAAGAGCUGGUGGCAGCGCCGACUUGGUGGUGUUCCCGACAAGAGGAGAUCGGUCCAGGAGAUCCUCUCUGAUCUUGCUGAACAUCCGACGUCGCCAUCGGCAAUGUCGUCUCCUCCUACUUCUCCCCGGGCCCCCCUCUCCAAGAGGUCGUCGAUGUAUUCCACCAUGUCGCGCACCUCCUCAUCCACGAGCUCCAUCUCAAACCUGUCGACCUUUUCCUCGAUGACCUCCAUCACCACCCCGGAUGAUGAGAUCAAGCCUCUUGAGAAGAGCACUCGGCCACGCAAGCUCAGCGUCACGGGACACUCCAAGAAGCACGCCAGGCAUCCCUCCAGCGGUGUGGCUCCUACCAAUGCCAGGCUUGAGGAUGCCAUCCAGCGUAUGCACAUUGGCCGCCCAGCCUCGCCUGGGGUUGCCCUCACCAACCAGAUUUAA